AUGUACGAGCAGCUGCAAGGUCAAGAAGAUCCGACCGGAGAUGCACGCAGGGCAGGAAGGUCCCCAAGCAAUAGAGCCGCAUCCACGGAUGCCCAGCCGUACGAGAACUCUACAAUCGAUGGCGAAUCGGAUACAUCGAGCUCGAAGCCUCCUACCUACGAGCUGAUCAACGACAAAGCAUACCACGAUGAUGACUUUCUCCUGCUGGCAAGACCGCCGGCGCCUGGCUAUCCCGUCCCUACGAAGAAGCGCUUCUUUACAGGAUGGCGCAUGGGUGCGCUCGCAUCGGCUACCUGCGCCAUAUCGGUGUUCAGCAUGAACCUCGCGGUCACAAUCUGGGUCUGGAAGAACCCCGAUUACGAGCAUGAGGAUGGCGUUGGGACGUUAUUCCAAGGCAGUUGCUCUACUGUUCGACAAUCGAACGUCUACGUCCACCUGGUCGUGAAUAUACUCAGUACCUUAUUGCUGUGCAGCUCGAACUACUGCCAACAGAUUCUUGCUGCGCCGAAUCGAGAAGAGCUGGGGCGUGCGCACGCACGGCGAAAUUGGCUGCACAUCGGCGUUCCUAAUCUCCGCAACCUAUGGCAUGUUGGAUGGGAUCGCUCCGUCUUGUGGAUUUUGUUGUUUCUCUCGUCUGUACCGCUACAUUUGUUGUUCAACUCCGUUGUCUUCACAAACCUGCAGGCAAAUGAGUAUGCUGUCAUACCGACGACGCCUGACUGGGUAAUGUCUACGCAAAACGUUUACGACACCUCGGGCUUUGUGGAUAUCAGAACGAGCGCAAAGGAAGUGAUCUCUUCAACUGUAAGGGAUUACAGAUUCAAACCCUCUGAUGUGGUCGUGUUGAGGAACGGCACCACGGUGCCCGGAUACAGGAACGUCAGCACACCCGAAUGUCUUACAGCAUAUGGCACGCAGUAUGUCUCAGCAGUCGGGAAUUUGUACUUGAUCCAAGCAAGCCCGACGGUUCUGCGGGACGCUAGUGCCUGGAUUGGUCGACGUUAUCCUAACGGCUCUCUCGAAUGGGUGUUUCAAACACUAGAAACGAAGAAACAGGACCUCGAGAACGACACAUAUGUCACCGAAGCUCCAAACCAACAACUCCCGGUGAUGAGUACGCCAGAACUGUAUCCUUCUAAUGGGUGGCGCUGUCUUCCUCAUCCUUCUGUCAACUGCGAUCCUGACGAUGAGACCGCAAUACCAAGCAAUCGAUCAGCGUGGGAACCUUUUGAAGUACCCGUGGCAUACUGCACUAUCGAACAAGUCGAAGAGUUUUGCAAGCUGCAAUUCAGCUUUACUAUUGCCAUUGCGGUUGUUGUGGCCAACUUCGUCAAAGCAGUCUGUAUGAUACUGUUGCUCUGCCUGUAUUGGGAUCAUGGCGCGCUUGUAACCAUAGGAGAUGCGAUCGCGGCAUUUCUCGAAAAUCCAGAUCCCGAAACCUACGGUCGUUGCCUACACACCAAACGAGACGUUGGUCUCCGAUGGAACUGGAACGAAUACGCUAGCAUUUCGAAAGUAGCACUCAGCACUCCGAGCACGACGCGAUGGUGGUUGACGUACUCUACAUACACCAUCAGUGCUGGGCUCGGUGGACUCUGCAUAGCACUUUCCUUGGAAGGCAUGCCGAAAGACCCUGUAAAGCUAUGGAAGACAGGGUUUGCCACAGUCAACGGUAACAAUCUCAUGGACUUCAGCACAUCACUGAUUCCGGGCGUACUUUUGGCGAACACACCUCAGCUGGUCCUCUCAUACUUGUAUAUCGCGCUAAACGCUCUCUACACAAGCAUGUUUGUGUCGGCGGAGUGGGCAAGCUACGUCAAAACACGGAAAUCACUCCGCGUUACAUCGCCCACUGGCUUCCAACGCGACUCCUACUGGCUCAACGUACCCUUCCGCUAUGCCAUUCCUAUGACCAUCAUGUCAGGUCUCUUCCACUGGCUCGCAUCACAAAGCAUAUUCAAAGUACAGAUCUCCAUCACAGACAUGCAUACGCGCAAAGUCGCCAGCGAAGUUUCAACAUGUGGCUAUUCCCCCGUCGCGAUCAUCCUGACUACGAUCGUGGGUUUCACUAUCGCAGCUGGCGGUCUCCUCAUCAGCAGGUUCUGGUAUCCAGCUGGUAUACCUCUGGCUAGUAGCUGUUCUGCUGCUAUUAGCGCGGCGUGUCAUGCGCCGCCGGAAGAUGUCAACGCCAGUCUUUUACCGGUACAGUGGGGUGCUGUUACACAUGGGACAGCGGGCGAGGAUGGGGAUGAGCCGAUCGGCCGUUGCUGCUUUACGAGCUUCCCGGUUGAGAUGCCUAUUCCGGGGCGGUUGUACGCCUGA